UUGGUUGGUUGGUUGGUUGGUUGGAGGCUUGCCGUGCCAGUGUCGGUGUUGAGUAUAAAUAGAGGAGAAAUUCGUUGGGAAAAGCAUUCUCAUUUGAUCGCUGUCUGCUCUCACUUGAAGGCAUCACCUCCCUAAAUUCACCAUGAAGUUCUUCAUCCUCAGCGCUAUUGUGGCCAUGGCUGCCGCCGCACCCGAUAGCGAUGCCAAGGCCGAUCCUGCCUACCUUUACAACUAUGGAUACGCCUCUCCCUACGCUACCACCUACGGCUACAACGCCGCUUAUGGUGUGGCUCCCUAUGGUGUUGUCAAGCCCGCUUAUUACAAUGCCGCUUAUCCUUAUGUGAACCGAGUCUUCAAGCGCGAAGCUGAAGCCGAGCCCGAGGCCGAGGCUGAGGCCGAUCCCGCUUAUCUGUAUGGUGCCUAUAGCGGUUACGCCGCUCCCGUCUCCACUUACGCUGCCUACAAACCCACCUACUACGGAGCUUAUGCCGCCCACCCUGUUGCCGCUUACACCGGAUACACCGGAUACAACGGAUACCGUGUCUUCAAGCGUGAGGCCGAGGCCGAGGCUGAGCCCCAAUACGGAUACGGAUACGGAAACGGUCGCCUUGCUUAUAACUAUCCCACCGUCUAUCGUGGCUCUUAUAGGUAUGGUAACCGACGCGUUGCUAGCUAUCCCCGUCGUACUUACGGUUACUACUUCUAAGAAGAACAUUUCUGACUCUGGUGCUCAAUGAAAACAACGUUUCGAACCAAUUGGUUGCAAAAUGCGUUCCUUGCUUUCCAAUGGAAAACAUGCGACCCCUUUUGUGCCAAAGCAAAAUCAUCCAACCGAACGACAAGUUAAAUGUUACGCAAACAAAACUUAACAAACCAAAAACAAUAAAUGCAUUAACUGCUAAAAUAGUUAAAA